CGCACUAUUCCCCGCUAACGGAGGAAGUCUCCCCAACAUGGCUGCUGCUGUGCACUGACGGCUCAGGAGUGCAUUUGAGAGAAAGACAUAUUUUAAAAAUAUAUAUCAAUAAAGACCUGGAAAGUCCGGAGACCUCUAAAUGAAUGUGGCGAAGAGGAUCCCCGCGCUGCACCUGAGCUACAAUUAAUCCUCCGAGAAGUAACCACUGAUCCAGCGCCGACCCCUCCACCCCCGCUGGUCCCUGCAGGUGUGGCCCCCUGUCACACUGGCAGAGGAGGCAGGGCAGGAGGUGUUGCCAGGCGGAGGACCGAGGCCGCACCCGCCCGCCUCCCCCCUCCAUCUUCCUCCACUGCCAACCCGAGCCACUCCGCCUGCAGCCUCCGCUGGCAGCGGGCUGAGAGGGAUCCGCACGCGGGCCCCCAGCGCUGUGGCCUCCGGAUUCGGACACCGCGGAGCGGCGGCCGCCGGGCUGCGCCGGGUGCCGUUGGCUGGUUGAGGAGCAGAGCAUGUUGAGUGGCUGCGGUCGCCAUGGAGCUGCAGGAUAAGAAGCGGGAGGAGGAAGCGGCGACCCUGGGCCUGUCCACCGGCCAGGCUCUGGCCAAGCUGCGGGACCAGCUCAGCGGCCUGCUGGAGCACCAUCAGAGGCCCGAGCGCAGGCAAGCCGCCGCACAGGAACGGUGGGUGAAUAGCUUCCUUUACCAUGGCAACCGUCACUCCUGUCUCCAUUGGCCGGGAGCUGCCCUCACUCUGCUGGUGGUGCUGGGUCUCGUCUGUUGCCACGGUAGCCAGCCAAAGGGCAGCUCUGGCAUCGAGCUGCUGAGCGCUGCAGCGCUCCUCCUGCUCCUUGUGCUCAACCUGCUGCUGGUCAGACGUCAGGAGCGGCUGAAGAGCAGCGAGAUGGUCCGCCGCCUCAACGGCAUCAUCGCACAGCUCAGCGACUACGUGUCGGGCUGCGAGGGCGACGUGCGCUGGUCUCCGUCUCUGUACCCGGAUCUCCACACGCCCUCGUCCACGUCGUGGUCCCUUCACUGGACCUACCGGGACUCCCGGCUGGUGAACCUUCCCGUCAGCCUGCUGGUGGAAGGAGACGUCGUCGCUCUGAGACCUGGACAGGAGGCAUUUGCUUCCCUCCGAGGCAUCAAGGAUGAUAAGCACAUUAAGUUGGAGCCGGGGGAUUUAUUCCCCCCCUUCUCCCCUCAUCCCUCCCCGCGGGCCGACGAGAAGAGGGGACCGCAGAGCCCGCAGCAGCACCGCCUCUUCAGGGUGGCGCGCACUCCAGUGCUGGACGUAGUCAGGAACAGUUUGGAGAUGGCGUUGGCGCGUCCGAUCACCGUGCUGGACAACGAGCGCUUCACGGUGCAGCUGGUCAUCACCAAGUUGGUCUGUCCCGUCGUCCUGGGGGCUUUCCUGGUAGUGAACACUGUUCGCUAUUUCUGUGACGCCCCGAGCCUCACCCCCACCUGCUACAAUUUCAUUCAACUUCAGCUGAUGGGUGUUCUGCCCAUCUUGCCCUUGGUCUUCCCGGUCAUGUGGGUGCUGCUGAACGCCUUCGGAGAGGCCCGGGUCCUCGCCGAGUUCAGCCACGCGUCGCCAGCUGGUCUGCUUGCUAAGUUCUCUGAGGACACUCUGAGCAGCUACACCGAAGUGGUUUCCUCCCAGGAGUUGCUGCGCUGUGUGUGGAGACACACGGUUGGCGUCCUGAAGGGAGAGUCUCAGACGCUCUGUUACACUUCCAGCCUUCUACACACUCUGGGAUCAGUCACUGUGCUGUGCUGUGUGGACAAGCAGGGCGUCCUGUCCUGGCCUAACCCCAGUCCAGAGACCGUGCUGUUCUUCAGUGGGCGAGUGGAGCCGCCUCACCACAGCCAGGACGACCUCAGGGACGACCUGUCUGUCAGCUCCGACUGCCGGAUGGAGACCGACGAGGACCGGGAGGAGGCUCAGGAGGCGGAGGCCCUGCUCUGUCUGCUAGCGGAGUCCUCGGCCCAGCUGGGGGAGGGCCCCGAGCCCAGCGAGACGUCGCGCUGCACCGCCCGCUCCACGGACACCGCUCGGCUGCGGCGCUCCGGUCAGGCGGCGCACACUCGCACCAAACACCACUCGGGGUCCAACGUCAGCUUCAGCCACAACGCGGAGGGAGGCGAGGACGACCAGGACUUCGGGAUGGGCUGCCCCGAGGCGGAGGCGGACGACUUUGUGUGCGACUACCACCUGGAGAUGCUGAGCCUGUCGCAGGACCAGCAGAACCCGGCUAGCAUCCAGUUCGACGACCUCUCCUGGCAGUGCCACCUGCCGUCCCUGAAGCCGCUGGGCCUAAACAUCAUGCUGAACCUCUGCAACGCCAGCGUCACGCAGCAGCUCUGCCGCUUCUCCGACCACCUGUCCAACCUGGCCCUGCAGGAGAGCCACGGCACGGUGCUGCCCGUCCACGUGCCCUGGGGCCUCUGCGAGCUCUCCAGGCUCAUAGGGUUCACUCCUGGUGCCCGGGAGCUGUUUAAGCAGGAGAACCACUUGGCUCUGUACCAGCUGCCGUCAGGAGAGAAGACCAAGGAGUUCACUUCCCGCCACCUUCAUUACUUCACCAAACGUCAGCCUCCCCUCUCCCAUCUGAUCUCCCUGUUUGUUCGAGACGCUUUCUCCAAUAAUGUCCAGAUGCUGUCGCAUGGCUCGGCCGACCUCAUCCUGGAGGCCUGCACCGACUUCUGGGAUGGCGCGGAUAUCUAUCCGCUCUCAGGCUCAGACAGAAAGAAGGUUCUGGACUUCUACCAGCGAGCCUGCCUGUCCGGUUACUGCUCUGCGUUUGCCUACAAACCCAUGCAGGUCUCCCUGUCUGGCCAACUGGACGGGAAGUGCGUGGAGCUGGUGCCCGGCCCCUGCCUCUUCUCCGGGGUGGAGCUGCCCUCCACCACCCCCAUCAAACACAACUCCUGCAGGAACAGCUGGAGCUCUGACGAGGGCAUAGGAGAGGGCGCGGAGCGCGAUGACUGCGUCCAGGCCCUCAGUGGGCAGAUCUUCAUGGGCAUGGUAUCGUCGCAGUUCCAGGCACGGCUGGACACAGUCCGGCUCAUCGACGCCCUCGUCACGGCGUGUAUCCGGUUUGUUUACUUCUCCAUGGAGGAUGAGCUCCGCAGCAAGGUCUUUGCAGAGAAGAUGGGUUUGGAGACAGGCUGGAACUGUCACAUCUCUUUGACCCCAAAUGGAGAAAGUCCCUGUGACGGAGCUCAGACCAGCCCCGGCCAUGUCUCCCUGCAUGGACUCCUAACCCAAGAUUCCCGGGACGAGGCAGAGGGCCCGCUCCUGGCGGAGGAGGAAGCCCACUCUGACCUGGCCGGUUUCCAGCCCACAGACAGCGACGUUCCCAGCUUCCUGGAGGACUGCAACAGGGCUAAGCUACCUCGUGGCAUCCACCAGGUUCGUCCCCAUCUGAAGAACAUCGACAAUGUGCCUCUUCUGGUGCCGCUCUUCACUGACUGCACCCCCGACACCAUGUGUGAGAUGAUCAAGAUAAUGCAGGAGAACAGGGAGGUAACAUGUUGCCUGGGAAGCUCCGCCAAUUUCCGCAACAGCCGCCUGUUUCUACAAAGUGACCUCAGCAUUGCCCUGGACCCCCUGUACCCCUCUCAGUGUUCGUGGGAGACGUUCGGCUACGCCACUGGGGGAGGAUUUAGCGACGCGGACGCUGAAGGUCUGUGUCCUCUGAGGCUCUCUGGACAGCUCAACACGCUGGGCUGCUCCGCCACCUUCCACCAAGGGGAGAGCGUCAGCAUGGUGAAGCUCAUCGAGCAGGCGCGACACACGACCUACGGCAUCCGCAAGUCCUUCCUCUUCCUGCUGCAGUGCCAGCUGAGUCUGGUCAUCAUCCAGUUCUUGGCCUGUCUAGCUCAGCUUCCUCCUCCCAUGAACACCACUGACAUACUCUGGCUGUCCUGCUUCAGCUGCCCACUGCUGAGUGUGUCGUUUUUGGGGAAGCCGCCCGACAGCUUGUCCAUGACAGUGGCCACAGGGAAGAACCUGGAUGCAAUCCCAAGGAAGACCCAGAACUACUUCCUUGGCUGUUUCCUGUUGAAGUUUGGCCUGUCGGUGUGUGCCUACCUGCUGGGCUUUGGCUUCACCCUGCAGGAGGUCUGCUUCAGAAGCAGCAACUCCAGCCUCGCUGACAACACCACUCGUGCGCAUGUGCUCACGGCCAGCUCUUCGGUGGACGCUCCUCACUGGUUCGGCGAGCUGUCGAACGGCCUGCUGCUGACUCAGAAGGUCAUGGCGGGAUUCCUCGUCUUACACACUGUGGCGAUCUCACUCAGCUACGUCCACCGCUCUCAACCUCUGUGGAGAAAGAAUCCCUUCCGCAACACCUGGUGGUGUAUCACUGUACCUGUGGUUCUGCUCAGCCACCUUGUUCAGGCCACAGUGGAUUACCAGUUAUGGCGUGACCGAGGCAGCCCCCUGACCUUUGACCUUGGCGACAUACCCCUGCUGGCCUGGCUGCUGGCCUCUCUGUCCCCGCUGCUGGUGGUGGUGGUCAACGAGGUGGUGAAGCUGCACGAGAUACGGGUGCGAGUUCGCUACCAGAAGAGACAGAAGCUGCAGUUUGAAACCAAGUUGGGGAUGAAUUCUCCAUUCUGAUGCGUUCUCUGUGAGGUAGUUGGUGUUGUGGGAUCACACACUGCACAUCAACACUUCAGCACCAGCGGAGGGGGCUUAGUGACGUAAAUGGGUCUGUUCUCUUUCCGUUCAACAGGCAACUAUUUAUUGUCUGGCAUUAGUUAGUUUUAACAGCAUGAGGAAUGUUUUCUGAAGAGGUUGUAUCACUGUCCCCCUCUUCUCAGAGACUUUGUGCGCGGUUGCUGUCUGACCCCAAACAAAGGAUGUUUUAGUGAAAAUCAUUUAAGGAGACGCGCACGUUGAAAUGUGUCCUCUCGUCAUUCACAGGGAAAACUGCUGAAGCUGAAAAAGGAACUGCGAAGUGUUCAAUAUUAAACAGCUUCAUUAGGAAAUAGAUAGGGAAAUUGUUUUUUAACUAUCUUCAAAACUAUUAAGUCUUUUUGUUUUGUUUUUAUCCCACACUGGACUUUCAGUAAGUCGCCUCUUAAACUUGUAAACUCCACACCAGCCGGCGCUUGUAGCGCGAUGAGACGUAGUAGGUAGAACAAGAGUGUUGGAAAUGAUUCAGCAAAACGUUGACACAAAAGCUGGACAUGCUACUUAAAGACAACUAUUUGGGCUAACCGGCUAGUUCUGGUUGGGAGCUGUAGUGUGAAGCAUCAAGGUGAAGAGACGUGUUAGCCGCAGCAGCUAACGCCCGCUAGCUGAUUCUUACUUCUGCCACAUGUUCAAGCUAAAGAUGUUCCUCUCAAUGGGUACUAGCUCACGCUGCUUACUGGCUAAUAGCUAGCGUAGCCUCUUAAAUGGUUUAGUGUGUCUUUAGUUCCUGCAGCAGCCUCUGGUUGAUUUAUUCACCAUCGUCGUCCUUCCAGGUAACGGCUUUGGUUUAGGAGGCCGGGGUCGAGUGAAGGUGAGAUGGCAGUGACCAAAAACAAUAUGCAACAGGAAUGCCCUUAUUGAGUACGUCAGACUUUUGAAUAAGGCUAUUUUUGUAAUGAAAUACAAAUGACUUCUAAUUAAAUUUUGUCAAUCUUAGAAGAAAAACAAUCUAUAUAUAUUUUUUGUCGGUUGAUCUUUAAAUUUUAAACCACUUAUUCCUGUGGUUAUUUAUUUCAUCCUGUCAUUUCUAUUGAUUUAAUAUUGCACACUUCGGGGCUCCAUAUGUAACAGGAUGUUUGUUUGCUGGCUAUUUACAGAAUAUGGUCCAACACUGCGUCUGACAAGAUGUGAUCUGAGCUUCAUUCAGCCAGUGAGCCGAACGGUUAGAUGUGCUCUACAAACAUAUCUGCCGUUAGAUGUUCGCCGUAUACACGUUUAUCUAACUGCAGGAUGUGCCAUCAUGCUGCUAUGAAGCAGCGAUCUCAGCGAGUCCCUCCAACAAUCGAUGGUUCCACUCGAUGUACGUGUGCUCAUGCAGCAGAGUUCUUCUUAAGCGUCUGUACACUGGGACCCUUUCCUGGUCCCCGUUACUCUAAUGUGUUCAGGCCGCUCACCUGUAAUGUGCAGCAGCAGACGUCUGUAUCACUGACGGUCUAUUUCAAUCAGACCAGCCUUCUUCGUGGUGCUGUCAUCAUUUCAAAUGGACAUGGUUUUUGAUAUUGCUACUGUAUGUGGGGUGGUGGCAUGAAUUGGUCAUUUCAGAACUAAAUACCAUGCUUUUAUGCCACACGUAAUAACUGUCUUUAUACAAAUGUUAAGCAAUGAAAGUCGUUUUUGUCGGUGCCGGAAUAACUGCUUAGGGGGAACAGGGCAGAAAUUAGCCAAUGAUUUUCCGGAAGGUGUUUUGAAUCCUGAUGUUAAUGUACUGAUUCUGUGACAUAAAACGAUGUAUACUGUAAUGCUAAAUCCCGCCCUCAUACGCAGCCUGUCCAAUCGUAGCGCAGCACCGUGCAGGUCCGACUGCGAUCCAGCUGUGCUUCACGUACGCUCGUGCAGUCGUUUCGUAAUUCCUUGAUAUUUGAUUCUGGUUCUGAUCCUCCACACGCUUUAAAUAGCUUUAUUGUGAUGCCAAAUGUUAGAUAAUAGUUAUGCAGGCAGGGCAGUUAAUGGCCGUGUGGCCUUGAAGGCUGAUCCAACUGCUUGUUGGGGCUUAUUGAAGGGUCAGUUGUGGUCCGGAUUUCAUCGAUUUAGCUCUCCCCUAAUCUAAAUAUAUUCCCAGUCGUUCAAAUGACCACAACCCUCACGGUGGACUUGUGGUUCUGUCGGUCGGUUAUUGGGCCUGAAUAGACUUAAAUUGAAGACUAUCACGGUAUCCAGACUUUUCCACGGCUCAAACCCCCUUUGUGUGUGCAUGUUUUACUGAAUGCAUCACUAAAACGGCUCUUUAAGAUCCACACUUAAUGUUUUUGAAGAGGUUCAAGUAAAACUAGUGCAAAAACGCAGUUGCGUUUUUCUGGCACUACUCACAAACACUUUCUGACUUUGCUUAACCCGCAUGAAACUACUGAACGUGGUUUUAAGACAAACGCCACAAUGCAAGAAAACAACAAUGGUUUCAAUUUGUGGCAUUGGCCCCAGUUGUGUUCAUACUUGUGUUUCAUGUCCUGACACACACAUGGACUGUGCUGCACGAGUAAGAACCAGUGAAUGCUCUGUCUUCAUCCACACACACACACGUUGUCUGUAGUUCUACUGUUUAUUUCUCAACACAAACGGACUCCGUGGAGCACGACGUCCAUGCUGCUCGUUGCCGAGCCGCUGGUGCAACCUGCAGAGUUGAUGCAUCACCCGGCACACCUCUGUCACUUGAUUUUUAGGGUGGGGGGUUUUGCUCACAGAAUACAUAAUGUAUAUGUCUAUUUUGUAUUUUUUAAAGUUGCUAUGUUCAGGACAAAUUUGUUUGUGUAUUGAUUGUCAUGUUAAUAAAUACACUUUUAUUUAUGA